AUGGUAAUGCCACCUCACCAUGGCAGCCCAAAAAGUCAACUGGCCAACAAGCCAGCGCGACUAACUGCCUCUGGUUUCCAAGGAAAAUACAUAACUGCCUUAACUGCCUAUAGAUGCACAAAUACAUCAAGUGGCAAUCCAACCCGUAGUUGACUCACGUCCCAGCGACGUUUCCGCUGAACCCGAAAGCAUUUCAAUCGGGGAUUAAAUUGGUGUCGCGGUCCAAUGACUUUCCGAAGUCAGAGCCAUCGUUUGCAGUGGUCUGGUGGCGCAGACGCAGUGUUUGCUAAUUAGUCGGGCAGGCAAAAGUAGGUAAACCCAUAGGAUCACGUGCUUUCUAUCACCUCUCUCUAACACAAUGCACACACCCAUCUCGCCGGCUUACAAACUCUCGUAGAACAAAGCCAUGGCACCGAAGCUGUAAGAAUCGAGGUGGUAAACGUUGCCCAGAGCUCGAUCAGGCAACACAAGAAGCGACAACAUGAACCUGUUAAGGAAUAUUAUACUGCUCCUGUUCACUCUGGUGGCUGCGAGUGCCUUGGAGGCCAAUCUCACUUCGUGGCGACAUCACAGACGGCAAAAGCGUUUCCUGAUCUAUCAGAAUGGCGGUGUGAUCAAGUUUGUUUCGGGUUGUGCAUUUCCGGUUCCGUUAAUGGAGAAAAAAGUGUGGCGCCAGUUGGUUUGGCUGAUGAACUUUCACUAUCAGUUCAAUGAGCCGCAAACUCCAAUCUACUGGUGGAAUCUUUGGGAUGGUUCCCGAAAUCUCAAGGGACCUUUGACCCAACUAGCUCCUCCAACGAUUCCAGCGCGCAUCUUGGUGGAUGAACCGCAGCUGUUGCUCUUCAAGUUCGCCGAGGGCUAUAUGAAUCAGUUGGGUCAAAAUGGUAGUGCCUGUCUGGAACGUUUAAUCUGCGAGAAUGGUCAGGUGGAUGAGCAUAGUGGACUCUACGCCCAGCUGCUACACAGGCUGUUAAGACCUCAUCGAACGCUGGACGGGAGGUAUUUGGAUGCCUUCAGGAUGGGUCGCCAUGGCGUUGACUGUCGAAAAGCCUUUCCAGAGGCCCAGCACUGCGUUUUGGACGACUACAUACACCUCCAUGAGCGAGGACCGAAACAGAGUUUUCUUUAG